AUGAGUGACAUUGACCGUGAUAUUGAGCAGCUGCGUCGCUGCGAGUAUCUCAGCGAAUCCGAGGUCAAGCUGCUAUGCAACAAGGCUAAGGAAAUCCUCAUCGAGGAGUCUAACAUCCAACGCGUGGACGCUCCCGUUACGGUACUGAAUUUUUCAUUGCAUUCUCUCGUGUAUAGCGGCGAAAAGCCGCGGAAGGCGACCGCAUGGACGCGUGAGAGCCGACGAAUCAGCAUAUGUGGAGACAUCCACGGCCAGUUCUAUGACUUCAAGGAGCUGUUGGCGGUUGGGCAGAACAUCCCGGAGACGAACUACCUCUUCCUAGGCGAUUUUGUGGACCGCGGCUACUACUCUGUGGAGACGUUCCUCCUCCUGCUGUGCCUCAAGGUCAGGUACCCAGAUCGCAUCACGCUCAUCCGUGGCAACCAUGAGUCGCGCAACAUAACGCAGGUGUACGGGUUCUACGACGAGUGCAUGCGCAAGUACGGCAGUGUCAACGUGUGGAGCUACUGCACGGAGAUAUUCGACUACUUCGCCAUUGGCGCGCUCGUCGAUGAACGGUACUUCUGCAUCCAUGGCGGGCUCUCGCCCUCGUUCUCUACCCUUGAUGAGAUCCGGUACCUCGACCGCAAGCAGGAGGUGCCGCACGAGGGGCCCAUGUGCGAUCUGAUGUGGAGCGACCCCGAGGCGAUGGACGGCUGGGGGGCGAGCCCGCGCGGCGCCGGUUUCCUCUUCGGAGGGGACGUGGUCCGCCAGUUCUGCCACCAGAACAAGGUCGACACGAUCGCCCGGGCCCACCAGCUGGUCAUGGAGGGUUACAAGUGGUGGUUCAACAAGAUGCUGGUCACCGUGUGGUCGGCGCCGAACUACUGCUACCGCUGCGGCAACAUCGCAAGCAUCAUGGAGGUUGACGAGAACCUCAACUGCAGCUUCAAGAAGUUCGAUGCGGUGGCGCCCAACAAGCGCGGCGUGCCUGCCAAGAAGCCCAUUCCGGAAUACUUCCUGUGA